GGAGAUUCGCCCUCCGGUAACAUGAUUUUGGGAGGUUCCCCCCUGAUGUGACAAAAAUUCAGAUGGUCCCCCUCAGGUGACAGGAAUUCAGGUGCUUCCGGCUCAGGUGACAGAUAUUGGAGUGGAUGACAGGAUUGUGGGAAUGAGACGUCACACACGAGAGGAAUAUAAUUGCCCCCUCUGAUUGAAUUGCCCCGUCACGAUGUGUUUGACAAGCGGGGGGCCCAGUGCAAGUCACAGGCCACAUUCCCGGGCUCCUCCCGUUCCGGUGCGGGUUUCCUGUAGCGGUGCUGCCCCCCCUCUCUGCUCGCACAUCCCCGGCCAUGGCUCAGUAAUACAGCACAUGUCACAGCCCCUGCCCCACCGGCCAUGCAGAGCCGCCCCGCUCCUCCGGUAACUUCUCUCACACCCGCCAUAUUCCUCCCGGCCUUGUCAUAACCGAUACCGGGGCCGCCAUAUUCCCCUCGGGCCUGUCACUCACCACCGGGGCCGCCACCUUCCUGUCCUCUCAGUCCCGGUAACUCUUCCCUCACACCCCGCCGCCUCCUGCUCCUCCCUCCGCCGCCAAACACCGACUCCGUGACCCCCCGGCCGCCAUAUUGCUCCCCCUCCCUGUACUCCUCCUGCACUGCCGCCCCGGUAUCUCCUGCUCACCCAGCCGCUAUAUUCCUCCUCCUGCUCCGGUAGCUGCCGCCAUAUUGGCCCCGGGCCCUGACACAGCCCCCAUUCCUGCCCCUCCAGUCCAGGCCCAUAUUGUUGUUGAUUGAGGAGUGUGGGGAUCAUGGGGGUGCAGGGCUUCCAGGAGUACGUGGAGAAGCAUUGCCCCAGUGCGGUGGUGCCGGUGGAGCUGCAGAAGUUGGCCCGGGGCUCCCUGGUGGGGGGAGGAAGACAGAGACCCCCCCAGUCCCCCCUCAGGCUGUUGGUAGAUGCAGAAAACUGUCUCCACCGACUCUAUGGCGGCUUCUACACCGACUGGGUGAGCGGGGGCCAGUGGAACCACAUGCUGGGCUACCUGGGGGCUCUGGCCAAGGCUUGUUACGCGGGGAACAUCCAGCUCUUCGUCUUCUUCAACGGGGCCCUGGAGAAGGGUCGGCUACACGAGUGGGUGAAGCGGCAGGGCAACGAGCGGCAGACUGCCCAGCAGAUUGUGUCCCACGUGCAGAACAAGGGCACCCCUCCACCCAAAGUCUGGUUCCUGCCGCCCAUCUGUAUGGCCCACUGCAUCCGAUUGGCUCUUCUCAGAUUCCACAUCAAGGUUGCCCAGAGCAUUGAGGAUCAUCACCAAGAAGUCAUUAACUUUUGUCGAGAGAACGGUUUCCAUGGGCUGGUGGCGUACGACUCUGAUUACGCCCUGUGUAACAUUCCCUUCUACUUCAGUGCCCACGCCCUCAAACUGAGCCGCAACGGCAAAAGCCUCACCACCAGCCAGUAUCUCAUGCACCAAGUCGCCAAGCAACUGGACCUCAAUCCUAACCGCUUCCCAAUUUUUGCUGCUCUUUUAGGUAAUCACAUUCUACCUGAUGAAGAUCUUGCUGCUUUUCAUUGGAGUUUACUUGGCCCAGAACAUCCGCUCGCAUCGCUGAAGGUCCGUGCUCAUCAGCUUGUCUUGCCUCCCUGUGAUGUGGUGAUCAAAGCUGUGGCUGACUAUGUGCGUAACAUUCAGGAUACCAAUGAUUUGGAUGCCAUUGCUAGAGAUGUAUUCCAGCACUCACAGUCCAGAGCUGAUGACAAAGUUUCCCGUUUCAAGAAAGCAAUUGCUUAUUACAGAGCAACGAACAAGCCUCUGUCAUGCCCACCCGCUCAUUACUUAGGCAGGCCAAAUUCAGGUGGAGUCCACAGCAUGGUGCCGCCAUACACAUCUCCUCAGAUGCUGAACAUUCCACAAGGCUCUGUGCAAUCCAGACCUUUGACAGGUGGAAAAUGCGUUUCUGAACAGAACAAUUACAGUAACAUUCCUCAUGAAGGAAAACACACUCCUCUAUACGAGAGAUCUUCUCCAAUCAACCCGGCACAGAGCGGAAGUCCCAACCAUGUGGAUUCCAACUACUUCCCUCCAUCUUCAGCCUCAUCCUCCUCUGAAAACGAAGAUGGAAAUGGAGGGGCCGCUAAUCAUGUCAGCGGGAGCAAACCUUCCUGGGAUAAAAAAGGGAAAAAAUCAGGAAAAACCAACAAGAAAGACUCUACUGACCAGGCCAAGGCAGAAAAUUCACCUCCUUCUGGUUCAGGAAAUAAGGAGACUGAUAAAAAAGGCAACCAAGCUGGUCACAUGCAGAUCCCUUGUCUUUUGUCAAUGCCGACCAGGAACCACAUGGAUAUCACAACUCCACCUCUACCCCAAGUUGCACCAGAAGUGCUGAGAGUUGCAGAACAUCGCCACAAAAAGGGUUUAAUGUAUCCCUACAUAUUCCACGUGCUGACAAAGGGGGAAAUGAAAAUUCCAGUUACUAUUGAAGAUGAAAUAAACAAGGACCUGCCUCCUGCUGCUGUGUUGUACAGACCCGUGCGUCAGCAUGUUUAUGGAGUCUUGUUUAGUCUGGCAGAAAUCAGGAAGAAAGCAGAACGAUUUGCUUUCCGGAAGAACAGAAUGCCCCCAGAGUACUAUCCAGUCAUCAUUAAGGAAUGGGCAGCCUACAAGGGGAAGUCACCCCAAACCCCCGAGUUGGUAGAAGCACUGGCUUUCAGGGAAUGGACCUGCCCUAACCUGAAGAAGCUGUGGUUGGGGAAAGCCGUUGAGGACAAAAACCGAAGAAUGAGAGCUUUCUUGGCAUGCAUGAGAUCAGAUACCCCCGCCAUGCUCAAUCCAGCUAACGUGCCCACCCAUUUAAUGGUGCUGUGCUGCGUCCUACGGUAUAUGGUGCAGUGGCCUGGAAUCCGCAUCCUGCGUAAGCAAGAGCUUGAUGCUUUCCUAGCCCAGGCAAUAUCACCAAAACUCUAUGAACCCGAACAGCUGCAGGAGCUCAAGAUAGAUAACCUGGAUCCUCGGGGGAUUCAACUGUCAGCUUUGUUUAUGAGUGGAGUGGACAUGGCAUUUCUAGCUAACGAUGCUUGCGGGCAGCCAAUCCCCUGGGAGCACUGCUGUCCUUGGAUGUAUUUUGAUGGGAAGCUGCUGCAGGCCAAGCUGAAUAAAGCCAACCGGGAGAAGGCUUCACUUAUUGACCUCUGUGAUGGUCAGGUGGAGUUGGCCUCCAAGGUGGAGAAGAUGCGUCAGAGCAUCCUGGAGGGGUUGUAUUUUUUCCGACAAAACUACCCCCUUCCCUUUCCACCUCCACCCGCAAUGCCUUUCUACCCAGCUGCUAUGUACCCCCGACCCUUUGGACCAAUGCCCCCACCUCAGGGGAGAGGGAGAGGAUUCUCUGGAGUCCAACCCGUGUCUUCUCAGGGAGGGAAGCUGGAGAUCGCUGGCACAGUUGUAGGCCAGUGGGCAGGGACCAGACGUGGGCGAGGAAGGGGACCAUUCCCCCUGCAUGUGGUGUCUGUGGGCGGAGCAAACAGAGGACGCCCCAGAGGAGUAAUUUCCACCCCAGUUAUACGGACAUUCGGAAGAGGGGGAAGAUACUAUGGAAGAGGAUUUAAGAACCAAGGGCCAAUACAGGCUAAGCCUCCUUAUGCUACUUCAGCCGAAGAAGUGGCAAAAGAGCUUAAGACACAGUCGGAAGACUCCAAAUCAUCAGCAGCGUCUUCAGACGGGUCCCUCACCGAGAACGGUUUGGUGAACGAGAAGGCGCCGGCCUCUCCGAUAAACGGGGGCUCGGGAGAAGCGAAGGAUUCCACCAACUCUGAAAGUGCCUUAAGCAAUGACUCUAAAUUGUGCAAUGCAAAUCCUCACUUAAAUGCACUAAACGCAGACAGCGUGCUCCACAAUGAGCAGCCUCAGGAGGGCGCUGUCUCAAAUAAAGAAGAAUAAACGUAUUUUUCUAGAGGGUGAAGGAUGAUCGUGUUGGAGGGUAAGGAAUAUCUGGAAAGAAAGAGAGCCUACAGUUACGUACAUUUUUUUCCUUUCCGUAAGUGAAAAAUGAGGAUUUUGGAAAUUCGGAUCCCUCUUUUGAUGUAAGACAAAAAAAAACAAAAAAAAAAGUUUAUUUUUUAACCAGUCUUAGACGAAAUGCUAGAAGAGCUGAUCAGCUGAAAGAAGAGCGUGUGAUAGAAAUGUACACAGCGCUUCAACUGGUUAUACAAUAACAUAAAAAAAUCGCUUGUAAUUCUGUUUCUUGAGAUGUAACACACAAAAAAAAAAACCCCCUCACACACAUUUUUGGCAGUUUUUUCCGUACAUAUAAAUAUAUAUAUGAAGCUUAAUUAUAAUUUGUAGUGUAUGGCACCAUACGUACGCCAUUAGAUUUGAUUUUCCACGUCUCGCGCAUCAGCUCAGAAACUCCGCCUUCACCAUUAUGAUCACAAAAGGUUUUCUUUUUCUGCUUUCACGGCGAGUUUUAUGUUUUGCAUCGACCAGUGCGUCACCCGAGAACCAAUGAGAGAGAGACACACACACGUUAUUGCGCUGAUUUGUUCGAUGCCGCCGUGAUUAAUCAAAUCCUAGGGAAAAGCCUUUUUCUUCCAAACAAACACUUGUUCCGUGAGUAACCACCGUGCGUCCGUGAUCGAUGAAAUGUUGUGCGGUUUUUGCAGCUUUUGCAGUUAGACCAUUAGUAGAAGUCAUGCAUGGAUCCUGAUUUAUAAGGUGUGUAGUUAAUAUUCUGCAUGUUCCGUCCUGUACCACUCGUGCCCAUUCACUAAACUACAACGACCAAAAACGCCAACUAAUCGGUUCUAGUCCUAUGAAAGCUGUUGAUCUCUGUUUAGUCAUUGACCAAUCUCGCUCUAACCUGACAAUUUUGUGAUUAUUCACCUCUGUUGCAUUUAUUCUUGAACUAAAGGGAAAAAAAAACCACAAAAAAACAAACAAAUACUAAUAAUCUAGCCGUAUCAAUAUCAACGUUACCCUGGUGUACUCAUUGCUGUAUCCUUGUUCUCUGUUUCUGGUUUAUGCCUUCACAUUAGCAAAUAUCGAUUUCAAUGUAAAAACGUGAAAAAAAAAACCAUUAGAAAAAUCUUUUUACCUCCCAUAGCGAGACAGGAAGGUUCCGUAUCCCGCCACUUCUUUCGUGGGAAAACAAGGAAACUGAUCCUGCGUCAGUUUUUGUUUGUGUUCCCCAGACUUUCUAUGUGUUUUUUCUGAAAAUCCCACUCAUUUUUCUGUUGCUUUCUCCUCUAAUUUUCCUAAUGCUCUUCAUAUCCACCCAUUAGUGAUCAGAAAUGAGGUGUAAUCCCCCCCGUUCCUUGCCCGCAAAAGCUACGUAGGUUUUAUUAAUGUAAGUUGGAGGGCGCUGAGCCCCAUCUCAUGGAAUGCGCAAGAAUGAACUACUGUUGGUUCUAGUUGGAUGUAGUCGGAUUGUGGCGAGAUUUGAUUGAAGGCUAUUGAAUGCAACUUACAAUGCUUAAUAAAAAUCUUUAUUCUUUUAGUAUAAAA